GAUUAGAGGUUUUACACCUAGAUGACAACCACUUCUCUGGAACUGUGUCAAAUGUUAUUGCUAGGAGCUUUUCCACGAUCAAGUUGGACAUUAGCAACAACCAUAUCUCAGAUCUACUAACAUUGGAUAUGAGGGAUAAUCUUGUGUCUGGUACAAUCCCCAACUCAUUCCAUGCGCUCUCCAACUUGAGCGUUCUUCUAUUGGGGUCGAAUCAAUUGAAUGGCUCCAUUCCCAACCACAUAUGUAACUUGAACAAAGUCUCCCUGAUGGACCUGUCCCACAACAAAUUCUCAGGGAUUAUUCCUCAUUGCAUCAAUAAGAUCUCUUUCAGGAAAUUUGGUAGAGACAUACAACGAUCCAACUUGCUUACCUUCGGUGCAUGGGGAAAGCAUCCAAUGUAUAUAAAUGAGAAUUUCUUAGCCCUUACCAACAAAUGA